AUGGCCAGCACCACGGAUGACACAUCGAAUUGGUGGUUCGGGUCUAAUUAUGAUUUUCUAAAUUUCACUGGCUUGCCACCUGUAGAAGAAGAUGUCAGGCCCUGCAGGAGAGACAUUGAGACACUCAACAAGUACAUUGUGGUUGUCAUCUAUGCCCUGGUGUUCCUGCUGAGUGUGCUGGGAAACUCUCUGGUGAUGCUGGUCAUCCUGUAUAACAAGGUCAGCCGCUCUGUCACUGAUGUCUACCUGCUGAACCUGGCCAUUGCUGACCUGCUCUUUGCCCUGACCUUGCCCAUCUGGGCCACCUCCAAGGCAAAGGGCUGGAUUUUUGGCACACCCCUGUGCAAGGUGGUCUCGCUCUUGAAGGAAGUCAACUUCUACAGUGGUAUCCUGCUGCUGGCCUGCAUCAGUGUGGACCGCUACCUGGCCAUUGUCCAUGCCACACGCACACUGACCCAGAAGCGCCAUUUGGUCAAGUUCAUAUGUCUGGGCAUCUGGUCACUGUCUGUGAUUCUGUCACUGCCCCUCUUCCUCUUCCGCCAGGCCUUUCCUUUGUAUGAUUCCAGACUAGUCUGCUAUGAGGUGUUGGGUAGUAACACAGCAAAAUGGCGGAUGGUGCUGCGGAUCCUGCCCCACACUUUUGGCUUCGAUUACUUCUUUGCCAAGCUAACAGUUCUUUCUUUGAGACUUUUAUUACGGGCCCACACGGGGCAGAAGCACCGGGCCAUGCGGGUCAUCUUUGCUGUCGUGCUCAUCUUCCUGCUCUGCUGGCUGCCCUACAACCUGGUGCUGGUCGCAGACACCCUCAUGAGGACCCAGAUAAUCAAGGAGACCUGUGAGCGCCGCAAUGACAUCAACAAGGCCCUGGAUGCCACCGAGAUUCUGGGCUUCCUCCACAGCUGCCUCAACCCCCUCAUCUAUGCCUUCAUUGGCCAAAAUUUUCGCCAUGGACUCCUCAAGAUCCUGGUGGCCCGUGGCCUUGUCAGCAAGGAGUUCUUGGCACAUCAUGGAAUUACCUCUUACACUUCUUCUUCUGUCAAUGGCCCUUCGAAUCUCUGA